AUGGAUGGUCAUUUUGGGGAGGAGCUGGGCGGCCUGAACCCGGCUGAUAGUGAUGGUGUCAGAUCCAGAUCGGCCCGAGUCCCCAAACACCAGCUGAACACCAGCGCCACUCGCCCCGAGAACCAACCAGAGAAACUCGGGCCAUCCAGGGAUCUCUCUGGAGGAUCCACAGAAGAGUCUCCCCACGCUUCUGCAUCAGCCAGCAAGAUCUUUUUUUCCGACCUGGAUGUGAUUCCCGGUUUGGGUGGAGAGCCGGAGGAACCGACAGUGGAAGAACAGUGUGCUCAGGCCAUCACAAACAGAGCUCGGGACAUCGAGAAGUUGUACAAACAGGACUGCGAGACUUUGGGAAUGGUGGUGAAGAUGCUCAUAUCCAAAGACCCAACUCUGGAACAGAAGCUCCUGACAGCGCUGACACAGAACCUGGUUGACAUCAGGGAGAAAUGCUUGGGAAACCUCAGCCAGUUCAUCUCUGAGGUGAAUGCAUUGCUCAAAGCUAAAUAAACCAGGCAAACCUAACCAUGAUCCAGAACCUGAU